AUGUUGGAGACGCAACAUCUCCACACACACUCUGGCCGCCUGAUACCGCCUCCCCCACGGAGGACUCCGCGGAGGAAAUCCAGCGUCUGCAGAACGCCUACACGACGGCACAAUCCUGCCGAAAGUGGGUUAUCGGCAUCUUCCAAAACGACACGAAGCGACGUCUAUGAAUGUCGGAUGGCUCCCGUGCGUGGCAGACGGGAGAGUCAUGAUAGCACCCCUGGUCGUCCACGAGCCCCGGAGGAUGUCAAUUAUGCUCGGGGCCGGAGCAUGAAUGAAAGGCCAGCCCCAUCGAAACCACAAUGUGCAAUUCCCAGCAAAAAUGGUCGACUGGAAGAGUCGCGUGCAUCGACCCUAGCUGUGGAUCGUGAACGUUUCAGUCAGACACGGUGGGGUCGCAGCGAUGAGAUCAUUUCCCAAAGCCCUUUGGCCGGCAGAUCCCAUUCCCUGCGGGAAGGUGAAUUUUGUGAUCCACAGGCCCUCACGAUGCGCCUGCGGCAUUCGUUGUCGCGUGGCUACAGCCCCCAGUGUGGGCAUCCAACUCAGGCGGUGGUGGGUACAGAACUUGCGCCACCGAUGCCACGCCUUCAGGGUGCAUACGGCACCUCCAAGAAUCGUUACCGGAAAACAAUCGAGCGCUUCAUUGAGUGUCAACCGACAAACACCCAGAAGGAGAUGCAGUCAAUGUUAGAAGAGUACAGAGGGCGUGAAAAUGAGCUCUGCGAGGCGCUAUCUGUGGCCUACAGUGAUUCCUGGGAGGCUUCUGUGAGGGGAAAUGACACUAUCAUCCAGUCACACAAAAAUGACAAUUGUAGCAAGUUUGCACUGAACGAGUCACCGGGUAUGCCGGAAAUGAAAGACUUUCCGCGUGUUGGGAACGGGAAAGGGCAUUUUGACUCCAUGAACAAUGGCGAGUGCAACCAUAAUGCAACGGCUGAAAAUCACCGGCAACGCAUGACCAAACCCACUUCCAGUUCUCAUUCUACCCCAUCGCGAUUUCAGGACAGCCAUCAAAAUGUCGAUUGUCUCCGGUCAUUCUCUGACGUUGCCACACCCCGUCGCAACGAGGGUAUAAAUCUUUCAAAGAGUGCUGAAAAGGAACGGUACGACGAAGAUACAAGCCCUCAUCUUCGCAACGGAUCCAGUGGAGGCGUAAAUGUACCUUUGUCCCUUGGUAUUAUUCUUGAGCAAGGGGAAACGUCGCCGCGCUCUGGUGGCAUGUUGACACCGCCUAUUCCCGCAGACCUUCUCGCACGUUGA